AUGCUUAGUUUUCGUAAUACAAGUUGUUCUGGUUUGCAAGAUAUAGUUUUAUUACAAUCGGAUCAUGAUUUAACAUCAAAAUCAAAUAUAACUAAUUUGUUAUUAGCACAUUUAUCACGUUUUUGUUUAAUAUGUUUUAUGGAUUGGAUAAGUACAAAUGGAAAUGCUGAAACAAAUUGGAAUCAGACAAAACCUAUAAAUUGGCCAUAUUAUCGAGGUUUGCAUCAUAAUCCAUGGGAAAUAAUUUUAUUUGUUGCUAAUUCAAUUAACAAACUUGCAGAUAAAUAUGAUAUACGAAUAUCAUCUUAUGAUAAAAAUUUAACAACAUAUGAUGUAUACACACAAACUGAUGGUAGUUUUCUUGAAUUAUCAUCAUUACAAACAUGUUUAGCAAUACAUCAUUCAUUAUUAUCAAUGUUUACAAUGAAUAUAGCAUUAACAAUUAAAUUAUUUCUUAAACUUCAUUCAUCAGUUAAUCAUUAUCUGUUAAGAUAG